AAUGAAGUCCCCUCCAACCCUGCGAACGGCGGCUCUUCUGACGAUGAGGACCAGGAGAACCAAGAGCCCGAGCAGGAGCAGAAUAUCCACGACGAGUUCCGCGACGAGGACGAGAAGGAGAUCGUCUACGACAUGCAUGCGGUCUUCGACUACAUCCUGCGCGUGACCGGCGUGUUCGGAGAGGCUGCGGACAAGGAGCUUGCUCUCCGCGGGCUGUUCGCGGACAUGACGGACCUCGAUGCCCCCGACGUCGAGACGGAGGAGGAAGUUGACGAGGAGGAUGCCGAGAUGGCGCGGCUGGAAGCGGCAUCCAAGGCACGGUGGACAAACCUUCCCGAAGGCCAAGCUCCGCCCCCCAAGCGCACCAACGGCUGCACGAAGAAGGAGGGCGCCGAGAUCAUCCAGGAGACUCUCCACCUCGCUGAGCAAUUCAAUGGGGAGAAGGCGAAGAGGAAGGACAUGGCGCGCCACGUCGAACUCCAAGAGAAGAUGUUGGCCACGGUCGAGGAGUGGAGUCGCGAGCUCGAGGCGAAGCGGCUUGUGUAUGAGCAGUGCGUCAUGAUGCUGCUCAAGGAGGCGGAUGGGAGCCCCUACGAUUCUUUCCUGAACCCGCAAGCUGUUCAGCGGAUCGUGGACUUUGCAUACCGGUUGAAGGCUCAAAACGAGGGCGAGCGCGACGGACAACUUGAAGAGGGCAAGGAGCAAGUCGACGAGGCCGCCGAAAACGACGAGGCAGAAAACGAGGCAGAAAACGACGAGCCUGAGGCACCCGCAGAGCAGAAGCCGACCAGCAGCGACAUCUUUGGGAGCUCUCCGAGCGGUGGGCGGCCGUUCAAGCUGCUCCCCGCGUUCGUAUAUCGGCCGCCGAACCCGAACGCCCGUCGUCGCCUCAGUUCAUCGCCGCUUCCUCCGUCGUCGCCGCCGCUCUCCUACGUCGGCGCACGGACCCCUCCGCCAGCCCCGGUGACGCCGCCCAGGCGGGCUCGGAAUGCUACGCCUGUUGCGCGGCAGCCCGAGGCAGACGACGGCUUCAACGAGCCGUCACCAGUGUUGUCCGGCGCAAGGCCUCUCAAGGCGUUCCACCCAUCGAGCGCCCUUGAUCAAGACGAGCAGUAUGCCGCACAGGUCCAGGCAGAGCUGUACGCAGAAGCACGGAAGGCCGAGGAGAACGCAGAAGCAGGGCCGUCCCGCCGAGCUGCCAGCGACCAACCCGGACAGGCCAGAGUAUACCCGCCGCUGUAUCCCAUGAACAGCUGGCCCUCCCAGGUGGCUCCCCCAAUGGCCGACGUUGGCAGGUCGAUCUCCGAAGUGAUGUUCAAGAAGCGACGGCGCGACGAGGUGGAGGAGGAUGAUGAAGACGCUGACAACGUCGAGGAAUCCGACUAUGACAGCGAUGCGAGGAGGUGAGUACUGACCACGCUUACUGUUCGAAAUAGUUCGCUCACCCUUGCUUCGUAGCAGCGCGUCGCAGCCGACCGCCGGUCCUAGUCGGGCGCCAGGGUACGUUCCCAAGUACGUCCCGGGCUACAACCGCCGCGACCCCAGUCCCGAGCCGGAAUACGAAUGGGCGGGACCCUAUACCCAGCCGCACGACUGGCACUCCGUUCGCGGAGACAAUCUCCGGGAACGGCUGCCCUCGCCAAAG